AUGAAUAAUGACAAAGAUAAAUUCAUUAUUUUCACGGAAAGAGAUGAAUUUGAUAAAAAUCAAAAACUUGAAAGCGAUUUAUAUCCAAAUUCUAAGAAAAGAUAUUCAUUGCUUGCAUUAUGUUGUUACCACAGAGCAGUUGAUUGUUUCAAGUUAUUAAGAUCUAAAUUUAACUCGAAAAUAACUCAAAAAUGCCUAGAAUUUUCAUUUUUAGUAGGAAAUCCAGAGAUCAUGAGCGAAUGUUUGAAAUAUCAAACGCCAAAUGAAAAAUGCAUGAAAUAUGCAAUUAUUUCACACAACAUUGAUUUUGUUACAUUCUUAAUGAAUGAAUACAAUAUAGAGAUUGAUUUAAAAUAUUGCGGAAUACACAAAAAUCUCGAUUCCUUUUUAGUUUAUUUCGAUCAAACUAACGAUAUAAACAAAUGCUUUGUUUAUUCAUCAAUUUUUAAUAUUCCAUCCCUUUUGGAAUAUUUUCUUUCUUUUGGUGCGAAUAUCAAUGAAGAAAAUGAAGUUGGAAACACCGCGCUUCAUAUUGCAGCAUUUAAUAAUAGUAUGGAAGCCGUCAAAGCACUUAUUUCACAUGGUGCAAAUAUCAAUGAAAAAAAUCGUUAUGGAAAGACUGCACUUUUUUAG